AUGAUUAAGGAGACAUAUAAAUAGAACUUGAGUGAUUUUAUAACAAAUGAUUUAGAAAAGGCUUUUGCAAUUAUAAUUUUGAUGAUGAAUACAAUUAUGAUUUUAUGGCAGGCUUCAAAUUUUCAUAAACUAAUUAGAUUCUUUCUCAAAAUUAUGGAUCCAACUCUUUUAAAAAUAAACACUUUAGUGUUCAUCCUAAGUUUAAUAAGGAUACAAGCCUAUUCUUAUGCAGUUUUUGGAUGUUUUUUAAAGGAAUCUGAAUAAUAACUAUUUCAGCCAUCUGUUUUUAGAACUUUAUAAUCAUCAAGUUUCAUUUUUUAUGAUCUUGUCUUGGGAGUAAUAGGAGCAAAAUGGUUAAAGAAUUUAUUUAUUUAAGGAUUUCAAUUAUGCAGAAAUUUUUUCAUUAUUUUCAAAGUAUUUCUUAUAUUGAAAUGA